GGGCAUGGACCCCCCCGGGAACCCUCCGGGCCUCCCUGCUCCUUCCCCACCGCUCGCUUUUGGGCCCUGACUCCUUGUGGGCAUCUGGGCCCCAGUAGUCUGCGUGGCGGUGGUUGUGGGGUCCUGGCCGCCGCAGCGUGCGCACCCUGGCCGGGAACGGUGUGCGACCCGCGUCCAGCCUGUAGGAGCACCUGGCCCAGAGGCCGGUGAAGCGCGGGACCUGGGACCCUCCGAGCCCCGGGCCCUCUGAGCUGAGGUCCAGGGUUAUAUGAUGUUUCGGGACCUUUAGAGAGAGACCUCGCUAGAACCAAUAGAACAGGUUCAUCUGGGUUGCUCCACAUGACACUGUUUCAUCGUUUUGGUGGCCGAAGAAUAUUCCCUAGUGUAUGCAUAUGAGAGUGUCUUGAUCCCUUUAUCUGUGGAUGGACAGGAGGUGAAGAUGUUUUCAGUCUGCAUGCCUGGGAUCGUGUGGAAUGGGACUUUCUCUACCAGGCUCAUUCGUUGGACCUGAUGUUCUCCAGGUUUCUUCAUGUGGCUGCAGAUGGCAGGAUUCCCAGAGCUUUAUGGCUGGAACAUACUCCAUGGUGUAUGUGAACAGCAGUUUUUUCAUCCCUGCAGCUGCGGGUGGACAGGUUUUUCCACGUGGCCGCAAGUGACGAGAUUUCACCCAUUUCUACGAUUAAAGAAUAUUCUGCUCUGGAUGUAUAUUGCAGUUUCUUCAUCCCUUCACAGUGGAAGAACAGUUCUUGCUGUCGACAUCUUUGACAAGUUGAACUUCACGGGAGCCACAGUGCCACGGUUUGACACCAUUCAGGAAGAGUUCCCCAGGGAGCUGCAGUCCUCUGUCUCCUUCCCAGCUGACUUCUUCAAACCACCCGAAGAAAAAGAAGGCCCCCUGGGGAGGCCGGCCGGCCGGAGGACCACCCCGCAGACCACCGCCCAGGGCCGGGCACCGAGAGGGAGGCUCCGAUCAGCAGGCAGAGCGACACCCUGA